UUCACAGUUGUAUUUACCACCGAAUACGGUGGAGAGAGAUGUUAGAGCUGCUGAACUAGCCUAAAAAAAUGGAUUAUAAAUUCCUUGGUGCAUCCGGGGUCCGGGUUUCUAACUUGUGCCUCGGUACGAUGACCUUUGGACAAAAUACGUACCAUGCCCUUCCCACUCAAGCGGAUGAAGCCCUCGCGUUCCAGAUCAUGGACAGAUACGCGCAGCUUGGUGGUAACUUCCUGGAUACUGCCAACGUGUAUGGCCAAGGUGCAUCCGAGAAAAUCGUAGGAAAAUGGCUUUCGGGACAGGUGCGCAAACGGUUUGUCGUAGCAACAAAAGUUAGGGGCCAGAUCGACAAGAGCCACGAGAAUGGCGUGGGUCUCAGCAGACGACACAUCGUCGAGAGCUGCGAGGAAAGUCUUGAACGCCUGCAGACACACUACAUAGACCUCUACCAGUCUCAUAUCUGGGACAACGCGACACCUAUUGAAGAGACGCUGAGGACGUUUGAUGACCUGAUUCGUUGUGGAAAGAUACGUUACUAUGGAGCCAGUAAUGUCUGUGGGUGGCAAAUGCAGAAGAUCGUGGAUAGGAUUGACAGCAUGGGUCUCAACAAAUGUGUAUCUUUACAGCAACAGUAUAAUCUUCUGUGUCGACAAUCUGAAUUUGAAGAGUUCAUGGUGUGCGAGAACGAGGGUAUUGGCAUCUUACCAUGGUCGCCGCUCAAAGGGGGUGUUUUAUCUGGGAAGUUCAAGAGAGAGGAAACCCCAGACCCUACAAGCAGUCGGAUCGGUUUCAUUCACACGGACGAGGGAAAGGCUAUGCAAGCUAUGCCAGCUUGGAGCAAGUUACGAGAUGAUGAUGGAUUCUGGAACCUUAUGGACGUCAUGAAGAAGGCAGCAGAUAAUCAUGGUAAAACUGUUGCACAAGUGGCGCUGCGAUGGUUGCUACAGAAACCACAAGUGUCAUCUGUUAUUAUCGGCGCCACAUCUGUCCGUCAGCUCGAGGAUAACAUGGGAGCGAGUGCGGGUUGGAGUCUCACACAGGAAGAGAUGAGCCAACUUGACAAAAGCAGUCCCCGAGUGAACCUGUAUCCACAUGAAGUGACCUGGAGAAUGAAUGCCAACAGAUACAAUGAGUUCAACCGAUCAAAUAGGCUAAACUAAUGUGGUGGCAGAUAUGAAUACACCUCAAGCUCUUCACAUUGUUUCUAUAUUGACAUGUAUCAUUGUUUAAGACAUAUUUAUUUUAAAACCAACGAAGUAGCAUGUGAUGAUGUUCUAUAUCUUGUCUGUCUACCAUAUAACAAAUACAGCUUGCUGCUUUUAGAUUUCAAAACUGAUUUUUGAAUGCUUAUUCCAUUAAACAACUAGUCAGUAUGUCAUGUCCUCAACGUCUAAUCAAAAAUGUUCUUUUUUUAAUCAGCUAAAUUGUCUUCGUUGCUCUCUUCAAUGCUUUUAUAAUAUAUAGACUGUUUAGUGCGAACAAAGAACACUUAUAUCAUAAACAGAAGACACAAUAAAACGGGCACAGAGUAAUUACAACAAGAGCUGUCAGAGGACAGCGCGCUCGACUAAUUGAGUGCUUGACAGUAUAACGUAAGCCAUCAUGGGGUAAUUGUUCAAAUUAUUCAAUAAGGUCAAGGUAAUAGUUAGGUAUAUUUUCCACAAUGUAUUGAACAUUUGUAAAGACAUAAAACAAAGUAAUAACAUUUUAUUUCAAGUUUGAUAGCAACAGCUUGGGUUGGAAGUUUGGACGGUCCUUCAAAAAAUAAAGUAAAUAAAUAUU